AUGUGUCGCAGAAAGGAAAUGCAGAUCGAACCUCGUCCGAGUUCCUCCACUACCUCGGUCUACCGUGUUAGGGUUGGCUGUUUGUACAGACACUCCGUGUGUAGAUACCGUUGCAAUACGGGGUUGGACAACUGGAUGCGUUCGAAAGAGAGAAAUGAAAAUAGAGAUGGAGGCCAGGGCCAGGCGGAGACCGGAAGGGAGCAAGAAGUGGAAGUGAAGUUUUUGAGGGUUGUAAUGUGUGUAGAUGGGAAUUGGGUUACUAUCAGCUGGUUUGACGGGCGGCGGGACACGGAAGACGUUCAAAUCCAACAAGGACCAAAGGCAAGCGGCGCUGCGGUAGCUGUCGGGACGAAAUGGGGGAGGGCGCAACUCUUGCAGCGCGGUCAUGGUAGCAGCGAGCGACGCCAGACAUGA